UAACUGAAACUGAUUCCAAUCCGAAAUGAUGGCCACUCUAUUUCUCUCUCCAUCCCCAGCACCGAAGCCCUCCAAUACCCUCUCCCGCAAUGCACCAUCUCCAGCUCCACCCCUUUCUGUAUCCUCCUCCUCCAGCUCUAAGCCUCCGACUAGAGUUCCCGCGCAAAGGUUCCCCUCCAAAAUCCAAGAAAUUCCGCCUUCGCCGGAGCUGAAUUCCCGAUCCAAUGCUUUCGUCAAGAUGCCCACAGCUCCAUGGAUGAAGGGUCCCCUUCUUCUCCCAUCCCACGAGGUUCUGGACCCCAAAAAAACUCAGGUUGGCAAGAGCUCGGGCAGUGGCAAAGUUGAGAAAGCAGACAGAGCGUUGACUGACAAGGUUGGCGGCGUCAGGGGGAGCAAGACAGUACAGAAGAUAGUUCGGAGCAUUGAGAGAUUGCAGCGGACCCGACAGUCAGCUGGAUGUCAUUCCGACUCGGAGGACAUUGACCUCGGGUUGCGGAUUCCCUAUAAAGAAGUUGAGGGUGACGGAAAAUCUGAUUCUGGCGGGAAAUUGCCUUGGGUGCAGGACGAGAGGAUUCUUUUCAGGAGGGUGAAGAAAGAGAAGGUGGUGACUGCAGCGGAGCUGACUCUCGAGAAGGAGUUGUUGGCGAGGUUGAGAGGAGAAGCUAAGAAGAUGAGGAAAUGGGUGAAGGUGAUGAAAAUUGGAGUCUCAGAGGAGGUCGUUGACGAGAUCAAUAGGAUUUGGAGGAGGAAUGAGCUGGUUAUGGUGAAGUUCGAUAUACCACUAUCCCGAAAUAUGGACAGAGCGCAAGAGAUUGUGGAGGAGAAGACUGGAGGUUUGGUUGUUUGGAGAAGGAAAGAUACUCUUUUUAUCUACAGGGGGGUUGAUUAUCACUCGAAAAGAUCUUCCGAAAGAGAUGGUGGUUUAUAUAAUGGUCAGAUAUCAGAUACCCAGCAAAUGAGCUCAGGCAGUGCUGAUAUACGUCCAGUAGAGUAUAAUGGACGUGCCAUGGAUAAAGAAUUCAAAGGAGUGACUGGUCAAUGGGAAGAUUUCAUUUUCAUGAGUGCUGGAAAAAGUCCUGCAUCAGUCGAUAAAUCAUUGUAUGAGAGGGAAACCGAUAGGCUAUUAGACAGUUUAGGUCCUCGCUUUGAGGACUGGUGGAUGCGAAAGCCAUUGCCUGUCGAUGCAGACGUGCUUCCGGAAGUUGUCCCCGGAUUCAGACCUCCCCUGAGAAUGUGUCCUCCAAAUGAGAGAUCACAGCUCACAGAUGAUGAGCUGACAUACUUGAGGAAGAUAGCACACCCUUUACCAACCCAUUUUGUCCUUGGGAGAAACAGGAGACUUCAAGGCUUAGCUGCUGCCAUAAUAUAUUUGUGGGAGAAAAGUCUUAUUGCGAAGAUAGCUGUGAAGUGGGGUGUACCAAACACUGACAAUGAGGAAAUGGCGAAUGAGCUCAAGCAUCUGACAGGAGGUGUUCUGUUGCUGCGUAACAAGUUUUAUAUAAUUCUUUUUAGAGGGAAGGACUUCCUUCCAAGUGGAGUCGCCACUUCAGUGGCAGAGAGGGAGCUAAAGCUGAAGAGAUGCCAACUCCAAGAAGAAGAUGCAAGAUGCAAAGCCUCUGAAAGUAUUCCUCUGGCUGAUGAUCCUCUGCCAACCUCUAGUACAACUGGUACUUUGUCGGACUUCAACAAGAUCCACACAGAACAUCGGGACCUAGGAGUGGGAAACAAAGGGGCCAAUCUCCAAGUGGAAGCUGAAAUAGAGAGACUGAGGAAGGAAUUGAGGAAACAAGGGCGUAGGCUUUUCAUUCUCAAAAGUAAGUCAAAUAUAUCAGAGAAACGGCUCCUGAAGUUGAACUCUGGAUGGAAGCCUGCAGAAUGGGACCCUGACCAAGGCAUGAUGACAGAAGAGGAGAGAGAAUGUUUAAGGAAGAUAGGACUGAAGAUGGAUGAUUACUUGGCGCUUGGGAGGCGUGGGGUCUUUGAUGGUGCAAUAGAGGCCUUACAUCAGCACUGGAAGCACAGGGAGGUGGUGAAGGUUAUUACUAUGCAAAGAAUGUAUGCACAAAUAAUCGAGACAGCAAAUUUGCUUGAAGCAGAAAGUGGCGGGAUUCUAGUAUCAGUUGAUGAGCAAAAGGAGGGCCAUGCUAUAAUAAUUUAUCGUGGAAAAAACUACAGGCGUCCUUUGAAGCUGCCAGCUAAGCAUCUUUUGACGAAGAGAAGAGCAUUGCUUAGAUCUCUUGAAAUGCAGAGAUUGGGUUCUUUGAAGUUUUUCGCACGUCGUAAAGAGCGGGCAAUCUCUGAUUUGAAACUGAAGCUGGCUCAACUGGAGAGUCAGCUGCUCAAGGACCACGAAAUUCAGAAACCAUGAGACAUGGAUAAUCUUGGAUUCUUCUCUUAUACUUAGGAGGAUCCCUGGGUCAUCAGUAACCCUGGCCUAUUUUUUCUACCAUAUAAG